AAAAGGAGUGGGGGGAGAGCGAGAAGGGGUUUUCGCUUUUUGGUUGCAAACUGUGAAGCGAGGAGCGUACGUGCGUUUGUGCGAGAGGUUUCUUCUUUCCCGUUAGGUUUCUUCUUUCCCGUUGUUGUCGCGGCGGAACCCUAGCUAGUCCGGUGGUUUGUGAAACCUAGAAAGACAAAGAGAGUGAGAGGAUGAGCGGGAAGGGCGGUGGCAGCCACAACAAUGGCGGCGGCAAGGCGUUGUCGGCAACGAUUCCGGCGUCAUCGCGGAAGAUGGUUCAGAGCUUGAAGGAGAUUGUCUCCAAUUUCCCCGACCACGAGAUCUACGCCACACUCAAAGACUGUAACAUGGACCCUAACGAAGCUGUUAGUCGUCUCCUUUCACAAGAUCCUUUUCAUGAGGUGAAGAGCAAGCGGGAAAAGAAAAAAGAGAUUAAGGACCCAAUAGAUUCCAGGUCUCGUGGGAGUGGGACAAGCAAUACAUCUAGUCGUGGUGGCGGUAGGGCUGGGACAGAUCGCCAUGGUGGACGUGGUAGUGCCAACCAAUUCGGAAGCAGUGAUUCUGGUCUGCAGGGGAAGCCUGCAUACAAGAAGGAGAAUGGAGCACCUACUUAUGGAGGGUCUACAUCUUCAACAUCUAGUGUGUUGGGAAAUAAUUCAAACAGGAGACCGAUAUCCUACAGUGAUUCUGUGGCUACUGAAAAAACACUUGCAUUAGGCAUCAGUGAUGGACCAUCAUCAUCACACCGUACUGGAGUGCAAUCUGCAUGGAUGGGGAAUGCAGGUCAAGUAUCAAUGGCCGACAUUGUCAAGAUGGGUAGGCCCCAGGCCAGACCGUCCAUGAAUCACUCUUCCAUCCAGAGUGGUAAUAAUCAGAACAUCGUGUUGCCUCCAGCAGCUUCGGAUAACAAUUUGCAUUCAUUGCAAGGUUAUGCUUCUAAGGUUUCAGAAACAAAUACUAAUCAAGGCCAUGCCCUUAGUGACAAUGUUCCACAGAAUGAUGAAUGGUCUUCUUCUAUUGAAAACCAACAUGAUGUUAGAGGAUAUGAAGAUGUUGAUGCCCAUGCAAAUUCUGAGUACUAUGCAAACUCAUCAAGCUUUGUUGAAACUGAUUGGCAGCAGAAAACUCCCUUGGAUGAAUAUGAUGCUGAAGAUGGUUCCAUUGAGAAUGCAGACAAUAACGAAUAUGCUUCAAUAUCCGCUAAAAGUACAUCAGAAGAUAACACUGGAGCUGAGGAUGAUGUUUCAUCAAUGGCUGCAAACAUAGAGCAGCUCAAUAUACAAAGAGAUGAUCAUGGGACAGAACAAGAGGAUGACAAUCCUUCUGUAGUAAUUCCCAAUCACCUACAACUCCAUACACCAGAAUGCAUGAAUCUGAGCUUUGGAAGUUUUGGAUCCGGUAACCCCCUAUCUGGACCUGUGUCAUUUACAUCUAGGCCUUUGAAAAGUAAGCUAGAGGAUACAUCUGGUGCUACAGAUGUUUCUACAAUUGAAAACUCAGACACUAGAAAUCCUGACUAUUAUGGGGAUGAGCAUCAUGCUACUACUACUUCAGAUGGAAAUUUAGUUCAAGUAACUGGUGUGAGUGCUGGGACAUUUGAGCAUUCUUCGAUUUCACAAGAGGCUUUAAAACCUGAAGCUCCUGAAAUUGCUCAGGAACAUCAGUAUUCAUUUCCUUCACAAUCUCAUGGGUUUGCAUAUGAAAAUGCCCACCAACCGGAGGUCACAUUUCCUCCUUCACAGACUAGCUCGCAAAUGCAGAAUCUUGCUUCCUUCUCUGGUGUAAUGCAGGCACAUUCAAAUUCUUUGCCCAAUGCUCUGCUGGCUUCAACGGUUCAAACAGCAAGAGAAGAUAUCCCAUACUUACCCUUCCCUGUAACACAAUCAAUGCCUACAAAAUAUAGUAAUAUUGCUUCUUCAAUUGGUGGUUCCGGCAUAACCAUGUCAGAGGCUCUAAGAGCAAGUGCCAUCUCUACACCUCAACCUAAUGCCCAAAACUUGCCUGGUGCAAGUGUUGCCACUGGACCCGCACUUCCUCAGCACCUUCCUGUGCAUCCCUACUCCCAACCUACUCUUCCUCUGGGACACUUCGCUAAUAUGAUUAGCUAUCCAUUCUUGCCUCAGAGCUACACAUAUAUGCCAUCAGCUUUUCAGCAGACUUUUCCCGGAAACAGCACAUAUCACCAAUCUCUGGCAGCAGUGCUUCCACAGUAUAAGAAUAAUGUUUCUGUCAGCAGUUUGCCUCAGUCUGCUGCUAUUCCACCUGGAUACGGCUUUGGCAGUUCAACAAGCAUUCCUGGAGGGAAUUUUUCUCUGAGUCCGCCUGCUGCUCCUACUGGGACAACCAUUGGAUACGAGGAUUUGAUAAACUCCCAAUUUAAGGACAGCAACCAUAUGAUUUCACUACAGCAGAACGAUAAUUCUCCCAUGUGGGUUCAAGGGGCGGGCCCUCGAACAAUGUCAGCUGUUCCUCCCAGCAACUACUAUAGCAUGCAGGGACAGAAUCAACAACAGCCAGGUGGAUUUCGGCAAAGGCAGCAACAACAGCAACAACAACCUUCACAACAUUUUGGAUCCCUUGGGUAUCCUAAUUUCUACCAGUCUCAGAGUGGCAUUUCUCUGGAACAUCAGCCACAAAAUCCUCGGGAAGCCUCCUUGGGUGGUCCGCAAAGCCAACCAUCCAAGCAGUCUCAACAACUAUGGCAAAACAGCUACUAAUCCUACUCACCUCCCGGUUUUUCAGGGUAUUGAUGUUUGGAAGUGGUUAAUCAGAGGCAUUAACGGUCUAGUAACUUAAUGUAUCAUUGUUUGGUCUCUAGAGACCAUGAGCCCAUUGCCACGACGUUGUAUUCUACAUAAUUAUGUUCCUCAUGUUUAACGUAGGUACUAAGUGUGCUAAUUUGGUUUACUCUACGUUUUUUGUUUUGUUUUAUUAUUGUCAUCUGAUCAUAGUGGAAAGUCACUUUUGGAUAGUUUUCUCACCUGUUAAUUUUUUACGUUCACUGCUGUUA